AUGGAGAACGAAAACGAUGCUCCUCCUGGAUUCAACAAUGCGGGUGAUAAUCGAGUGAUCCCGCAGAAUCAAAAUCAGCAGAAUCCGCAGAAUGCUCAAGGACAGAACAAUGAAGGGCCUCGAGUGAAAACGCUGAUGGAAAUAUUUCAGCCAAAUGUGGGAAACAACACCCAUGGCUAUUUUGCACAUCCUGUGCCGACUACCCAUUAUGAGAUCAAGACGAGUGUCAUUCAGCUGUUGAAGGAUAACUGCCAGUUCUAUGGGUUGCCUAGGGAAGAUCCUAACGCACAUCUUGCAAACUUCUUGGAAGUAUGUAGCACAUUCAAGAUGAACAACAUGACUGACGACGAGGUAUGGCUUCGCCUGUUUCCAUUUUCUCUGAGGGACAAGGCGAAACAAUGGCUUCACGCUCUACCUAGCGCAGGCAUUAAUACUUGGGCUGAUUUGGCGAAAGCGUUCUUGCACAAGUAUUUCUCCAUGGCAAAGACUGCAAAGCUGACCAGGGAUAUUAUGCUCUAUCAGCAACUUGAUGGAGAAUCAGUUCAUGAAGCGUGGGAGCGCUAUAAGGAGAUGCAGAGGCAAGUUCCGCAUCAUAACAUCACUCGGGAGAAUCUGAUCCAAACCUUUUAUAAUGGAGCAACUGAACUGGGGAGAAGCACGAUUGACGCAGGCGCAGGAGGAUCUCUGAUGAGAAAAACGGCGGAUGAAGCAUUCGAUCUGUUAGACGAGAUGGCAGUAAAUGGCUGUUUUUGGCCAUCUGAAAGGGCGAAGGCACCUGCGCAGAGAGGAGUUAUGUCAGUUACCGCUGAUUCUGCAAUGGAGGCUUUAAAAUCGAAGACUGCAGCAUUGCAAAAUCAAGUGGAUUUUCUUACACGGCAGGCUGCAGGAGUUAAUAUUAACAGUGUAGCUGCCAUUCAGAGUAACUGCGAGGUAUGUGGGGAGCAUGGUCAUAUGUCGAAUGAAUGUUCUGUAUGGGGUCAGCCUAACAAUGAACAAGUUAAUUUUGUGGGAGGGCAAAGACAGGGCAAUGAUCCAUACGCUUCCACUUACAACCCAGGAUGGAGGAAUCACCCGAAUUUCUCAUGGAAGGACAAUGGGGGUAAUGCCAACAAUCAGGCAGGUCCGAGCUUUCAGGGCGGACAGAGGCCACAACACAAUCAGGGCAACUACCAGAAUCAAGGGAACUUUCAAAAUCAAGGGAAUUUCCAACAUCAGAACAACCGACCGCAGCAUCCUCCUGGCUUCCAACAAAGAGAGCAAGGCGAGUCUCUCCACAGCAAGUUUGAUAAAUUGAUGGAGAUGAUGAUGAAGAAGGAUGCCGAGACGCAGCAAACAUUUAAAAAUCAUGCUGCUACAAUUCAUAACCUUGAGGUGCAGAAUCAGCAGAUGGCUAAAGCACUGCAAAGCAGAAGUCAGGGGGGUUUACCAUCCACUACUGAGGAAAACCCCAGAGAGCAUCUCAAGGCUAUUGAGUUGAGAAGUGGGAAAGCACUGGAUGAUCCAUAUGCAGGACGUGCUACAGUUGAGGCGGAAAAGGAACAGUGUGAGGGUGGCGAGCCUGAAAAGGUAGUUGCUAAACCACCUCCACCAACUCCUUUUGUGCCAAAGGUGCCAUUCCCACACAGAGUGAAGAAGCCGCAGGACACUUGGAAGUUUCACAAAUUUCUUGAAACUUUCAAGAAGCUACAGAUUAACAUCAGUCUGGCAGACGCAUUGAGAUAG